UAUCUCCGCAGAGAACUAGGGACAGCAUCCGAGCUAUUAUCAUCAUAGAACGUACCUGUUUGAAAAGCUAAAACAUUAGUGAUAAUAUUGUUUGAGGUGGUCGUUGCAGUGAUAUGGCUCAGGUUGAUAAUCGUGGCAAAGAUGGUAGAUGGUCUCUUGAGGGAACGACAGCUCUUGUCACUGGUGGAACCAAAGGAAUCGGGUAUGCUAUUGUGGAGGAAUUGGCUGGGCUUGGGGCUACCGUGCACAUAUGCUCUCGGAAUGAAGCUGAUAUUAAUAAGUGUGUGCGCGAGUGGGAGGGGAAGGGCUUCCGGGUCACUGGUUCAGUCUGUGACAUUUCUUCUCGGCCCCAAAGAGAAGAGCUCAUAAAUACAGUUUCUCAUCAAUUUCAUGGCAAACUCAAUAUUCUUAUAAAUAGUGUGGGAACAAGUAUUUAUAAACCAGCCCAAGAGGUGACAGCUCAAGAUUUCUCAUUCAUCAUGACUACCAACUUUGAAUCUGCUUAUCACCUGAGCCAACUUGCACAUCCUCUUUUGAAAGGAUCGGGAGCAGGAAGUAUUGUUUUCCUUUCUUCCAUGGCUGGGUUGUUGUCAGUUGGUGGUUUAUCCGUUUAUGGAGCAAGUAAAGGAGCAAUAAACCAACUUACUAGAAGUUUGGCAUGUGAGUGGGCACGAGACAAUAUCAGGACCAACUGUGUUGUACCUGCGGCCACAAUGACUGCUUUACUGGAGAAUGCACUCAAAGAGAAUCCUAAAGCCAUGGAACUUUCAAAUUCGCGGACUCCUCUUGGACGACCUGCGCAGCCAGAGGAGGUUUCAUCCAUGGUAGCGUUUCUCUGCCUACCUUCAGCCUCUUACAUAACUGGACAGAUAAUCUGCGUUGAUGGAGGGAUGUCUGCAUAUGGAUUGGAUCCCUAGAACAAUUACAGAUAUUCAGAUAUAAUAAAACCAAGUUUUGAAUAAAUUUCCCAACUCCAAUUGUUCCUUCAAUUCGAAUUAUAUGUCUUUUUUAUAUUUGUUUUCUUAUAUCUCAUAAUAUAAGCUUCAACAGAGCUUGUCUUUGGUUUUAUCA